AUGAUGCAACUUGGCAUCAAAUGCUACUUUUCUGACGGUGUGCGGGCGCAUGAAAAGCCAUUGGCUUCCGACAGAGGGUUCUACAAGUUGAAACCCCUUGAAAACCCGCCGGCCAGAGCUGAUGACAAGGAAUUCUCGCCCGACCAGCUGGACCAGUCCGACUUCGAGAAGCCUACUCCUUCACUACCCCUGACAAACAACGAGAAAGCCCUGAACGAAACCAGCAAGGGGCUCAACAACCAGAUACAUGAACUGAUUGAGUUGGAAUUUCAACCGAAAGGUGGGCGUUCUACGCCCAACCAGAAGAGUGCUACAAUGCAAUUUCCCAUGCGCACGAAAUCACCUCAAGCGCGUAGCGAGAUCCAAAUGGAUGACAGGCUCGAUGGGGAAAUUGAGCAUCGUGCCAAGCAACGGCUGCGAGGUCACCCCUUCCGUUGGUCAACGCUGGAAAAUCGCGUGCGUUCCAAUGCCUUUCACAUAAUCCGGCGAUCUGACCUGGUUGCCCUCCCAAAUGCUACUUCCUCUGGAGGUGUUUCCGCCGUGGACACUGGUGGUGUACAGCCUGACUCAAAGCAGCCGCAGAUUCCCUCCGACACCACACAACAGCAGGUCGAUAAAGAUAUGCAGGCGGUGGAUCCCUUUUUAUUCCUAAAACUGAAUGACCUGCGGAUUCGCAUGUUCAUACGAGAAAACAUCGGCUGUGCACCACUGUGGAUCUUUUCAGCGAAACAGUUAACAAGCCUCCGGAAGAUUGCCAUGAUGCAGCUUAUAUCCACACAGGAACGGCUUGCAGGACCAACGCGACUGCUAAAAUGGUGA